AUGAAUUUGUCCAAGCCCACUGCAUUGGCGGCUUUUGCAGCAAAACAACAACUUCUCGAUGAUCUCGGUAUUCCUGAUGGAGGUAAACCGGGUAAGGCGGUAACACAAUUGAAGGCGUUUGAUGGGGCGAGCGAUGUCGGCGCAAACCACAAACAACUCAAACAAUUAAAUCCUCUUGGAGGUGGCGUGUUGACAGCCCCGGUGAAGCCACUCAAAGCUUUGAAUGCGUUACACAUGAGCGAUGGUGAUCGAGGAUCUCCAUCCCGUAAGUUGGUAGAGAUGUCAACGGCCUUGACCCCAAUGCCUCCGUUAAAGUCAACAGAGGUAGACAAGGCGAGGAGCGAUGGUGUCGAUACUCAUAACGUGCCUAUUACUGCUUCAUCACCUCGACUCGCUAAAACAGGUUUAAAGACUCUUGCUACGACAGAUAAUGAUGGAAAUGGUAAAUCCCUUGUAAGUGAUUCAGAGAAGACGACGAAGAAGGUUGCUGAUUACGUCGCUGCGAGUGACGCCAACACUGCUCCAACUCAAGACGAAACAACUCAAAAGGAACGCGAAGUGAUCAGCACUAAACUUGAAGACAGUGACGACGACAAUUUUGAUUUUGACGAUAGCGAUGAUGCGAAGGAAAACGCAAAAUAUUCGGAGGAAAAGGCAAGUUCACCACCAUCGGCGACUGAACUGCGCCCAACGUCCGUUGAUGUUGAGGAGCUGUACGACUGUCCACCAGAGGCUGCUGAUGAAGCCUCACACAGUCAGCAACGAAGAGAACCAAAGAUGUUUCUGCCUCGGGCGAGUGACAUCGAAUUAUUUCAGUUGGUUCUUACGGAGGACACUGAUCAAUUAGAGCGAUGUCUACAGAAAAUAUCCCCUCAAGAGAUACUUGAAAUCGUGGAUGCGAAUGAGCGCACCCUGUAUCACUACGCUGCUCUCUCAAAAGACAAACUAGUGCAGGAUUUAAUUUUCCAGCACGUGAAUUCCUGUCAUGACGCACAAUUUGAGAUGGAGGUGCAGGCUCUGAUGAGAAAGAAAGCUCAGAUGAAUGCCUGGAUGCAAGACACUGAAGUACAUGGAAAAGAUUGGAUACCACCUCGAGUGAAAGAGCUACAACGUGAGACGACGAAGCAAAAGUGUGCCGACUGGGCAAGAAUUUGUGCCAGAGUGGACGAGAAUGGCCGCUCAUUAUUUCAUUACAUUUCCACAACGACAUCUUUGAUUCCUAUUGACGAUAACUAUGAGCUUUGUAGUGUCCUUCGCGCCCAGCCCAAUAUACUCUCUGCUAAAGAUAAAUUCAAAAAGCUGGCUCUUCAUUAUGCCGUUGAGACUGGAAAUCUAAAGCUAGUCAAGUGGUUCUUUCAAAUGAUCAUGAAAUUGAACCAAGCGGACGUGGACCUGCUGCUCUCGUUCAAUAUGUCACGAGUCAUGGAGAACGUCCUUAUGCGCCAGCUUGAAGCAAUCGACUAUCGUAAAUAUUAUCUCACGACUUCGAAGCAUAGUGGGGGUGAAGAAGUCGGUACAUGUGAUCCUGGAGUCAGUACCUUUGUGCUAGCUAAACUACAGAGGAAAGCAGAACACGGUGCUGGACGUCUGCACCAGCUACCAAUUCACCGCGCAGCAAUGUUCGGAAACAUCCGCGCUGUGGAACUUCUUCUAGAGGAAGAAACAGACCCUAAUGCCAGAGAUGCAAACAAAUGGACCCCUCUGCAUUAUUGUGCGGACGAGGCAACUGCCAGGCAUCUGGCCAUUGCCCAACUACUCGUAGAAUUGCCGAAACCUGUUGAUAUUAAUGCAAAGUCACUGAAAGGAAGAUCGCCACUUCACAUCGCCGUUCGAUCAAGAAAACACAAAAUACGAAACAACAAUGGGGCAGAGAUGUGUGAAUCCCACAAUCGACUUUUGUUCGUGACUUAUCUUCACGAAUACAAGGCGGAUUUGGAUCUCAAAGACAACCACGGAGCCACGCCGUUACUUCUGGCUUGUUGUGGCGAUGACGUUGAUGUAACGAGAUUUCUUUUACGUGCUGGAUGUGAUCCGACUGCAACGGGGGACAACAAGUGGAACCCGCUGCAUUUUGCAGCAAUUCACGGAAAUCCGAGUAUGGUGCUGUUCCUGCUGUCGUGGGAUGCUGACUCGAGACUAUGGAUCGAUUCACCCGGUAUCCAGGGAAGGAAGCCCGUUGAUAUUUCAAAAACUGAUAAUAUCCGGCAAAUGCUAACUAACCUUUGGAUGGAAUGCUACAACGGGAAUGUUAAUAACGUCAGACGGCUGCUGUUAGCUCGCUCGAAAACCUCACGAUCGUCAAAGGAAACUGGAGUAGUAUCUGUGACAGAUAAAACAGCCCAAGCAGAGAGGACACCACUUCAUCUGGCAGUUUUGGGAUACAUGAACACUUUGGAGCCACCGCACGAUGAGCGUCCUAAACACGCAAAAUCAUCCGAACUGAAGAGAUCAGCGCCCGGUCGAUAUUUGCAGACCGCAGUCCUCUUGCUUCAAGCCGGAGCUGACUUGUGUGCUGCAGAUAAGUGGGGAAUCACCCCACUCAUGCUUGCAGCUGGCAUCAAGGACGCUAUCUUCAUGGAAACGCUUCUUGAUCGUUGGUCAAAGGACAGCAACUUGCUAGUCACCGAUGCGGACGGAAACGCUGCUUUGCACCACAGUUAUGCGUUCUGUCAGGCCCAAAUCUCAACAAUGCUGGAAGAUCUGAUGGACGACUCAGACAUUGAGAACAAACUCGGCAAGUCACCAUUCGAGAUGACCGGAUAUCGCGAUAAAAUCUACCCAAAAGGGUACCUUGAUUUCCAACGACAGCAGCAAGAUCUACGAAACCGAAGGUGCAAGUGAAGAGCUUAACAAAUAUUGAUACACAGC